AUGGCUGAACACAUGUCCGGCGGAGUGUCCCGAAGACCCAAACAGGAACUGCCAGAAGACUUGUCUAAUGUUGAGUUCGAGACCAGUGAAGACGUCGAAGUGAUCCCCAGCUUUGACUCACUCGCACUCAGGGAAGACCUACUGCGAGGCAUAUAUGCUUAUGGUUUCGAGAAGCCGUCGGCUAUACAGCAGCGGGCGAUCCGACCGAUCAUAAAGGGUCGGGAUGUGAUAGCACAGGCACAGUCCGGCACCGGAAAGACCGCCACUUUCGCCAUCGGAAUACUGCAGACAAUCGACACUCAGAUCCGCGAAACACAAGUACUUGUGUUGAGUCCGACCCGAGAACUGGCGGUUCAGAUCCAGAAAGUGGUUCUCGCGUUAGGCGACUACAUGAAUGUGAUGUGCCAUUCAUGCAUCGGUGGCACCAAUUUGGGCGAAGACAUCCGCAAACUGGACUUCGGUCAGCACGUGGUGUCGGGCACUCCCGGCCGCGUGUUUGAUAUGAUCCGUCGCCGCAAUCUUCGGACGCGAUCUAUAAAGAUGUUGGUUAUGGACGAAGCGGACGAAAUGCUGAACAAAGGCUUCAAAGAGCAGAUCUACGACGUCUACCGAUAUCUGCCGCCCUAUACGCAGGUGUGCCUCCUGUCGGCUACACUUCCCCACGAGAUCCUGGAGAUGACCUCCAAGUUCAUGACAGACCCCAUCAGGAUUCUGGUCAAGAGAGAUGAGUUGACUCUGGAAGGCAUCAAACAGUUCUUCGUGGCCGUCGAGAGGGAGGAGUGGAAGUUCGACACACUCUGCGAUCUGUACGACACCCUCACCAUCACUCAGGCCGUCAUCUUUUGC